AUAAACAGAGGGAAUUAAAUGAGUAAACAUCUCUUAGUGUCCACCGUUGAUCUAAACACAUCUCAUCACAAAUCACAGAGGUGCAUUUGUCAGUGACGGAUACGUGCGAGACAAACAGUUUGGCGUACACAGACAGACAGGGCACAUGCAAAUUGUUUGAGACACAGUAACAGUCCCUCUGGUGUGUGCGUUGCAGAAUAUUAUUUGCUCUCUUGUGGACUGAAGGCCAAAAGAACAAAGAAAAACCAACCAGACUUGUAGGUUACAAAUAGAGAGAAUAGAAAAAGAUCCGGGUAGAGCUUCUUCCACUAUGGCAAUGGACACCUUGGAAGAUCUCCCUCAAACCACACAGAGCUUGGACAGACCGGAUGGCUUCAGAACGUGCGUCUAUACCCACGCCUGCCCCUGUACAGGAAGAAGACACAUCCAUGACAACAGCAGCAAGUACACCUACAGACGCCUUCUCCAACUCCCACUCUUCCCUAUGGCUCUCCUCCUCGUCCCCUUGCUGCUCUGUCUCUGGGGCCACCAGGCCCAAGGAGUCGUCCACUCCAGCUUCCGCCGCCUCAGCAGCCGAGAGAAGAAGGAGAUGCAGAGGGAGAUCCUGUCCAUCCUGGGUCUACCGGGUCGGCCCAGACCCCAUCCUCCCCUCCGACCGCCCUCCUCAGCCCCCCUCUUCAUGCUGGACCUGUACCACGCUGUGUCGGCCAAGGGGGAUGAGGGAAACGGAAUGGGGAAUUGGGUAGGGGGUCUGGGGUUUGGCGGUGCAGAUGGGUUGACGGGCCACGUCAGCCAUGCCGCCCUGCCCACGCUCAACACGUACACUGCGCCGCUGGGGACAGUGGUUAGCGAGGCCGAUACGGUCAUGAGCUUCGUCAACCUGGUGGAGCAAGAGCGUGACCUGCUGCAGCCGCGGCCGUACUGGAAGGAGUUCCGUUUUGACCUGACGCCCCUCCCCCAGGGGGAGACAGUCACGGCUGCAGAGUUUCGCAUUUACAAGACCCUGACCAUGGGCCAGAGGGCCAACCGCAGCCUGCACAUCUCUGUCUACGAGAUCCAACGGGAGAACAAACACAGGUUCCUGCCACUAGAUCAGCUGGCUAUUUAACGCUCUCUCUCUCUGACACAUUUAUAUGAUCAACUUUGGGGGUUUUGCAUUAAAAAGGAUGAAAGAGAGAGUGCAUUUUUUAUGAUUCCCCUCACUCUCUUGACAUGCUCUCCCUUCUCUCUAUACACCAUGGUUUGGCUUAUCAUUCCAAAUGUUUUUUGUUUGUUGCUUUGGCAAAAUGCAAUGUCAAAUUUGUUUUGCUUUUCACUCUGGCCUCACUCCUUGCAAAAUAACUAAUUGGCCACGUUGUGGCUUGUGAGGACGCCUUGUACAAGCUUGGUUCUCGAGAGCUGAAGCUCAGUGGCCGUCUCUUUCUACUGCAUGGCCAUGCAAUGUGUUUUGCGUAUCUCUCCCGGAUUUGUUGUCUCAUGCUACUCCUCGACGUUCCUCAGAGAGC